AUUAAUGUUAAUAUGGAACAUGGUUGUAUUGAUUGUGUUAAUCCAUUUUCAAAAAUAUCAUUACCAUUUUGGUUUAUACAAUUAUCCAAUGGUACAAUACCGGAAAUUCGUUUUCUUAAACAAGAUACAAAUUUAAAUAUAAAAAAUUGGAAAAAAUAUUUGCUUAGUUUAUUACAGAAUAAUAUCAAUGUAAACAAUAAUCAAACAAUGGAAACCAAUUGGUUUGGUAGUCAACCGGUUCAAACAUUGAAAAUAUCAAACAUAUCGAACAACAACCGAAUUUUGAACAAAUUAGAAAAACAUAUCGAAAAUUUUACCGACAACAACAACAACGAUAAUGAUGAUACAAAUCAAUCACCAAUAACAACGAUCAAUUCAAAUCAAACAAUCCAUUUUGAUCGACAACAUAUUAUCGAUUCAUCCGGAAAUUAUCAAAUAAAAUUUAAUCAACAAAAUGAAUUUUGGCCUUAUUUAGAUGGCCAUUUAUAUUAUAAUCUAAAAAUAAUACCAUUACAUAAUAUUGGUAAACAUGAUGAUAGUGUUAAAUUAUUGAAUGAACAUUUUUUGGAAAAUACAAAAGAUGAAACACUUGUUGCCCAACAAAAUAAACGUGAAUCAAUUUUAAUGGAAAAAUAUACAAAAUUAUUGAGUAAAAUACGUAGCCGUUUAGGUAAAAAUGAAUAUCGUUAUUAUACAACAUUAUAUGAAGCAGCUACAAGCAAAAUGAAUAGUCAAGAACAUGAUUCAUUACUAACAUUAAUUACAUUGGAACAACAAUUAAAUCAUACUGUACAUUCAUAUAAUUCAAUUAUUGGUGAUAUACGUAGAAUUGGUACAGCACAUAAUAUACAAUUAGUAUGUGGUGUAAAUUUAAUACAAAUUAUUUCAAAUGAAAAUUGCCAGGCAUUUAUUAUGCUAUUAUUAAAAUGUUCAUCAAAAACAGCACAACGUGAUUUACUUUAUGCAUUAGAAAAUAUAUAUGUUAAUUCAAAUUUAACAAUAAUAACCGAUCAUCAUCAUCAACAAAAAAUUGAUGAAUUUGUAACACGAUUAUUAUCAUAUACACAACGAUCAUCACGUUGGUUUAUUGAAAAUCUUCUACAUGUAUUAUAUCGUCGUCAACAAAUGAAUAUUGUUAAUGGAUCAUCAUACAUAUCAACAACACUUUUACAAUCAUUAACAUUAUUGGCACAAAAUGAACAAUUAAUAAAAUUAAAUGAAAUACUUUGUAAUUUUAUUUUAAAACGUAUUGAUGAUUUACUUAUCGUUUGGAAUGAUCAAACAUUGAAUAGUAAUGUUGAAUUGAUUUAUUUGGUUGAUUUGAUAAAAAUGUUGGGAAAUCUAAAUAAUUAUACAGCGAUUGAAUCCGUCCAUAGAAAAUUAAUGAAUCAUACGUUAUUAUUAUCACCAUCAUCAACAUCAGCGUCAACAACAACAACGAUGACAUUUAUAACCAUAGCAACAAUACAUGCAUAUCGUAAUUCAAUCAACAGGUCAAUAGUGCAAACAUAUUUGGCUAAUAUGUUUUAUCAAACUCGAUCAUGUCAAAUUAGACAAGAAAUUGUACAAUUAUUAAUUGAUAAUGUUGAUAGAAUAUUUAUUGAACAACAAACAAAACGUUUUAAUGAAAAUUAUAAUGAUUUGGAUAAUGAUGAUGAAAAACGUUGGCCAAAAUAUAAUUUUAAUCAAUUGGAUGAAAUUCUUGCACAAAAUUUAAGAAAUUCAAGCAAUAAUUGUGUACAUCAUUUAAUAAUUGAAUAUUUUCGUCGAAAAUCAAAUAAAAAAUCUAAAAAUUAUCUUAAUGAAUAUGAAAUCAGACAAAAUUAUAAUUCAUUAAGUUUUGAUUUUUGUUUAAGUGAAAUACUGAAUGUUAAAUGUGAUUAUGUACAAAAAAUUGGUAAUGAUAUUAUAAAUAUGAUUAUAAAAAAAUCAAUUUUAUUACCUAAAUUACAAUUAUCAUCAAUAAUAAAUCAAUCAUCGAUUAUUGAUGAUGAUGAAAAUUAUGUAAAUAAUCAUCAAUUACGAAUGGAAUUUGAUAGCUAUAAUGGUCAAACAUUAUCAUUAGGUUAUUGGAAUAUUUCAUCAAUAAAAUCAAGUUUCGCUGUUGAUAAUGAUAAGGAAAAAUCAUUAAAUAAAACAACAACAACAACAUCAGCAACAGAAUCAGAUAUCAUACAAAUUAAGCUAAACAUUCCAACCAUUAUAUUAUGGUCAAAACGUUAUCUACAUCAAUUAUUAUAUAGUGAAACAAUGAAUACAAACAUAUUGAUUACAUUAAAAUUGAUUAAUAUAAUCAACGAUCAUAAACAACCGCAGCAAGAACAAUCGCAACAACAAACAUCAUCCAACAUUGACAAUGAUUUUGGAUCGAAUUCUCCAUUGAAUCACGAUAAAAAACAAUUAAAAAUUAAUUUUGAUAUUAAAACUAAUGUUGAAUUAAUGGCAAAUAGUUUAGCAUGGAAAAAUAGUAUCGAAUUAGAAAGUAAGUUGAGAAAUGAAAUGAUAAU